UGCGCAGUAUCUUACCGGCGACGGCUGUUCAAUCGGUGGCCUAGCGACUAAAGGGAUUACGGAGCCCAAUCUGACAGGCUACACAAUGAGUCAGGGUAAGGACAAUGCACGACUCAAGAGCUACAAGAACAAGUCUCUCAACACAGAUGAGAUGAGAAGAAGGAGGGAAGAGGAAGGCCUGCAGCUCCGCAAACAGAAGAAGGACGAACAACUUUUUAAGAGGAGGAAUGUCGCCACUGUCGAAGAUGAUGGCAUCCUGGAGGAUGAUGGAAUGGCCGACAGCGGCUACCUGGAGUCACAGGCUAACAACAUGGACCCUCUCAUGGGUGGGGUCAUCUCUGAAGACAUGACUCAAAUGAUCUUCUCCAGCUCUCCUGAGCAGCAGCUAAUAGGUACUCAGCGCUUUAGGAAACUUCUUUCUAAAGAACCCAAUCCACCAAUUGAUGAAGUCAUUGCCACUCCAGGGGUGGUGGAGCGUUUUGUUGAGUUCCUGAAGAGAAGAGAAAACUGCACAUUGCAGUUUGAGGCUGCAUGGGUGUUGACCAACAUUGCUUCAGGUACAUCCCACCAGACCCGUGUGGUAAUCCAGGCGGGAGCCGUGCCCAUUUUCAUAGAGAUGCUCAGCUCGGAUUUUGAAGAUGUACAGGAACAAGCAGUGUGGGCCUUGGGAAACAUAGCAGGAGAUAGCACAGAAUGCAGAGACUUUGUCAUAGACUGCAACAUUCUGCCUUCACUGGUGCAGUUACUGGCCAAACAGAAUCGCCUAACGAUGAUGAGGAAUGCAGUGUGGGCGCUCUCAAACCUGUGCAGAGGAAAGAACCCACCUCCAGACUUUACUAAGGUGUCCCCCUGUCUCAGUGUGCUGUCUUGGCUGCUGUUUGUCAAUGACACAGACAUCCUGGCUGACGCAUGCUGGGCACUCUCCUACCUAUCUGAUGGCCCGAAUGACAAAAUCCAGGCCGUCAUCGACUCAGGAGUCUGUCGCAGGCUGGUCGAAUUGCUGAUGCACAAUGAUUAUAAAGUGGUAUCGCCUGCACUGCGGGCUGUUGGAAACAUAGUCACUGGAGAUGAUCUACAGACACAGGUGAUUCUGAACUGUUCGGCACUGCAGUCCCUACUUCACCUUCUGAGCAGCCCCAAGGAGUCCAUCAAAAAGGAAGCCUGUUGGACAAUCUCCAACAUCACUGCAGGGAACCGAGCACAAAUACAGAUGGUGAUAGAUGCAGGUCUGCUGCCUCCUCUCAUCACUAUCCUGCAAGUAGCAGAGUUUCGCACAAGGAAGGAGGCAGCGUGGGCUAUUACCAACGCCACCUCGGGGGGCUCUGCAGAGCAGAUCAGGCACCUAGUGGAACUUGGCUGUAUAAAACCUCUGUGUGACCUGCUCACACUUAUGGACUCUAAAAUAGUUCAGGUGGCUCUAAAUGGUUUAGAGAACAUCCUACGACUGGGAGAACUGGAGGCCAAGAGGGGAGGAGGCAUCAACCCCUACUGUGCACUCAUCGAAGAGGCCUACGGUCUGGACAAGCUGGAAUUCCUGCAGGGCCACGAGAACCAGGAAAUCUACCAGAAAGCCUUCGACCUGAUCGAGCGCUACUUCAACACUGAAGACGAGGACCCAUCUCUGGCCCCGGCCGUCGAUCUGCAGCAGCAGCAGUUCCUCUUCCAGCAGUGCGAGGCCCCGAUGGAGGGCUUCCAGCUAUAAUGCUAAAUCCUCCCUUUCCCCCCGUGCUCCACCUUCAUUCUUACCUAUGCUCACUUCUCUCACUCUCUGCCCACUGCCAUGAUCCAGGGUGACAGCAGCCCUCGGCCUCCCCUUUUCAUUGUCAGAGAGGUUGAUUUAAUCAUCAUCAUGAUUAUAAAAAAAGUGUAACUUUACAGGAGCACAUGUGUGUGCGUACGUCCAACUUGGGUCAAGUUCUGCAGUCUUGUCAGCCAGUUUGUGAAGGUUUUCACUCAUCAUUCUGUCUUGCACCGAUUUCCUCAGCAACUGAACCCCUCCUACCUGCUCAGGCCCCAGCAUCUCCUACUAGCAGAUUGUCCCUGUAACACCAUCCUCGUAUUUUGUUUUGGAUUUCCUCUUCAACUCAUCCCGAAUGAAAAGCACCUCUCCAUGUUCCUGUAGGAUUGGCAGUUGCUAUCUGCGAGUCAGUGGGAGUGUUCGGACUGCACUGCUUGUCUGAUUGAAGCAUUAAGGACUCGCAAGACAGACAAACAUGGACGUGAUUUGUACCAAUCUCCCACACACAUAGAGAAGAAUGAUCUAACCUAAACACUGGACUGACCAUGAGACAUUGACCACAUGUUUGACUGUGGUCACUGGACUAAACUGCCCACAGCGGGGCCAUGUGGCCAGUCUCGAACCAAGGACUGAACUGACCUCUACGAAAGGCACUUAAACGACUCAAAAAUGGAGGUUGGAUUCCCUCACAUCCCGUCUCCAACCACAGAUGGACAAAUUAGAAACUUGACUGUGUGGCUGAAAGGUGGAGCUUGUCAGUGACAAACCAGGCUGCUUGCAUUCCCUCCUGGAUCCCAUAUCUUGCAUUCCUCUAUCCAGUAACGGGACUUUUCCACCUGCACAGGCUCCAUCCUGAAGAGUUUAGACUGCCUCCUGCCUUCUGGUGUGAUGUGAAUUACCCCAUGGAACCAUGGGAAUUGGAGUCUUCCCUCGCACUGAGACAAUUAGACAGACUUGGACAAGACAAAACAGACUUUUUAACGCUGGAUUCUGUCCAGCAGUAGACCAGCGGGAAUUUUUCUUAUCUUACAAUAAUUUCAUUUCAUUUGCAGCACUUUAGUUCAGGACUGAUGCCUGCUCAUCGACAGAUACCGUAGUUCUGACAUUAGCUAUUUAAUUGGUUGAUGACACGGCUCUUCCCUCCUCAGGAAGCGAGGUGUAAAGAGGGGUGGUCCCUAUCCUCGGUCCCCUUCUGGUAUGACAAGGAUUACACUGUUUACCCUUCCCACAAAGGGACACAAGCAGAUUGUGGACUGAAACUGUUAGCACACUUAUCACAAUCAGAGGAUCAUUCUGCCUCGGCAAAGCUAGGAGAACUUUAUUCUACCAAUCGGACUGUAUUUGGAAAAUUGGCUGUUUAGCUGUGAGCAGUCUAAAACAAGACUUUCCAACACAUGUUCAGGUAGUGUUUUCAAUUUGAUCAUGCCAAAUCAUUAUCAUAUAUAUCAGCUAUUAGGCCUGACAUUGGUCUUUUUUUUUUAUUUUUUUUUUUUUUAUAAAAAAAACAGAAGAAAAUGUGAUUUUUUGUUUUUCAUUUGGGGUUAGCAUCUGUCAUGGUGCCAUAAUCCUUCUUCUACAGAAAUCCUUCCACAUAAUUUCAAUGAAAAUCCAGAUUAAAACUUGAAAAUCCUGGUGAUCACCUUAGUUAGCAAAACUGAAUGUUUGUUUACCAAUUCCUCUUUAAAUUGCUUACUUUUGUCGAUAUCUCAGCAAGAGAUAACCAGCUCUACAUGUUCAUUACUGUUUGUUGUAUUGGGUUUGUGCGUCUGUCCCGUUAUGCCAUUUGCAUAAAAGUCGUUUCAUGAA